GAACCAGCAAACCGGCGCCUCUUGCCUUGCACCUUGGUCCGUUGGCCGCCGUUGCGAGCCUCCGCCGACCGCCGCCGGCCGCCGCCGCCGCCGUGUCUUCUCGGAGUCCGCUUCCACCUCCUCGUCAAUUGCCAUGUCGGCGCUGUUCAACUUCCACUCGUUUGUGACGGUGGUGCUGCUGCUGAUCUGCACCUGCACCUACCUCACGAUGCACUUCCCCUCUCUCCUCAUCCGCCGGACAGGGUUUCGUGGUUUCUUUUGGAAGGCUGCUAGGAUAGGUGAACGCCUUAGCCCCUGGGUAGCCAUUGGGUGCUCUGUGAUGGGCAUAUCGAUCUUAUUUUGUUGAGAUUAGGAAGAUGUCUUUGGCCUUCUUUGCUGACGAUACUCCAGUGUAGAUAGCAGGAACCUAGUGGUUUGCUUCUCUCUUGUAAGCAUGUCACAAACCGCGUACUUCUUGUUAGGUCCUUACACUUCAGAAAGAAGAGAAGCAUGUGAUUUUGCAGUUACAUACUCUGAUUGCUGGAC